AUGUCUCCGGAAACCAUCCAACGAAACCCUACAGCCGUUGUUUUGAGGGGUACAUCUGUACAUGGUCCCGUGGAGCUAUCAAUUCAUAUCGAAAAACUCCCGGGAGAAAGCCAAACUAUGCAUCAGCUAGCAGUUAGAAAGGCUAUGCAAGAUCUUGAGGAGGCCUUCGUUGAGAAUAACGCCGAGGAUAUUGAGAAACAAGAGUUUCAAGAACUUGAUUUCGUCGUGAUCAGCAAGAGAGAGUCUCCAAACUCUGAUUCCUUUGCCACUGAAACUUCACAACAACCAAGAAGACAUCCACCUAGAGUGGACUUGAUGACGAGACCCGCAGAUAAUUUUCGAUCAAGUUCUGAUCGGAGUAGGUCGCUUUUUCCAGCCUCGCAAGGUUUUGAAAAUAGUCGUCACAAAGCGUCGGGCCUAUUCAAUCCAAUUGUCUCAUCUCUGCUGUCUGUCGAGACUUCCAGUGGUGUAAACUCGACAACAGGUAUAAACAGACUCGAGGAACUUGUCAAAGGGAAUCAGGCUCCUAGUAAUCUAAAGCGAAGCUUUCAAAGGUUCAGUGACGUUCCUGCUCAACAACCAAGAAGAAACCACGAAGCCAUACCAUCGGCAGAACUCGUGAAAAGAAACAAGCCCAUUUCAGAUUCCAUGAACUCAGAUCCGCUUGUUACUAACACCACAUCGAAUGUCCCUUCUGAUUUCUCUUUUACAGUACGAAUUGAAGAGGAUUGGGCCGCCGCUACAUCAAAACAGAGAGUAUCGAGAAUCAUCGAGCUUCAAAAAAUCGAUGGUACCUGGACUUCUCUAUCAGAUCUCGAGCCCGUUCUCGGCUUCAAGGUCCCCCAUGACGUCUUCAACGUUCAAAAAGAUGCCACUGCCAAAAAACUGUGGAUCACCUUUAUUGUUCUAGGCUUUCUUGAGCAUACAAUGGCAAGAGGGGCAGAUGUUUGGAAGCAUGGUGUUGUUAAGACAAAGAUGUGGUUGAAUAGUGUGGGGGCUCAAUGUGUACCAGAGUUUAAGCAGAUGAAGAAGACAGCUAUGGAGGUUGUGAAGAAAGCCAAUCAAACCACUGGUGAGGAGGCUGUAACUGCGAACGAGUUGACUUGA